AUGUAUAAAGGUCAUCGAAGGAAGCAGUCGGGGGGACUUCGCCUACAUCAGUAUCAGCUCCGAUUAAUUCCUUCAUUGUUCAAUACCGCGUGGCAGUUCGUAAGGAACUUAAGCAUCAUGGUCAAAGACAUGGUUGACGAUCUCGCGAACGUCUCAGUAUUCGUGAAUGGAAAAGAAGCAACGGCAAGCCAUCUCGAGAAUAACCUUACGCUGACGCUAGAUGGCCAGAGUAGACAAGUUGAUACGGCGGCAACAAUUUGGGUGGAAUGA